CGUCAUUCAUUUAGAAGGAAGUUGUGGUUUUUUUUUUUCGCUUAUCACGGGACAAGUGUAAGCCAUAUUCCUUCAUGAAAGAGGGCUAAUAUUUUGUCCGAAAAUGAAUCUCCUUUUGCCAGUAUCACUGGCAGUGGUUUUGACCACUUGCUCUGCCCAGAUACUGAUUCAAGGCGAGCCAGUUCAACUGUCACUAGGUGAUCAAGUGGUCGGCGGAAAGAUGGACGCAGAUGUCAACAGAAAAGAUGUGAAAGAAAUCGCGGAUUUCGCUACCUCAUUCCUGUCAAUGGAGAAAAACUCAGCCAUUAGCUUGGUGAAAGUAGUCAAGGCCCAAACGCAGGUUGUUGCUGGUGUGAAUUAUUUCAUUACAAUACAGAUUCAACCUGCUGGGUGUACUGUUGACUGCAAGUAUGAAGAGUGUGAGGUGUCCAUAUUUGACCAGGAAUGGACUCAGACACGGAAAGUUGUCAAUUCCUCGUGUAAAACAGUGAGUCCAUCACCACAUCCAGCUGUUCCGCUUGGCUCAGAAAGUGAGAAUCUCGAGGAUGAAGAUGUGAAAAAUGCUGUCAACUUUGCUGUGGAAGAGCUGAACAAGAAGUCCAACUCCUUGUUUCGGGCCAAUUUGAUUGAACUUCAACAUGCCAAAAAACAGGUUGUGGCAGGUUUGAAGUACAGGUUGACUUUCCUGCUGGGAGACACUGUAUGUAGGAAUAACCCAUCCAAGUCUGGGACAGAUCUCCAGGCUUGUCCCCUUUCAGAUCCACAUAGAACUCAAGUGUGCCAUGCCACAGUGUGGUACAAGGCCUGGGAAACUCCACAGUACAAACUACUGGAUUCUAAGUGUGAACUGAAACAGGCUGCUGGACAGAAGAAACCCCUAUUGGGAGGAGAUGGCCAUGACCUUUGUCACAUGGGCAUGUUCAAGGAGUUUCAGAUGAAGCAUGGGAAGUUCUAUGACUCUCCACAGGAGGAAGACCAGAGAUAUAAGAUUUUCUGUGCAAACGUGAAAAAAGCAGCAGAGUACCAGGCCCAGGACCAAGGCACAGCCCGCUACGGCGUGACACAGUUCUCAGAUCUCACAGAGGAGGAAUUCAAAGCUUAUCGUAGUAAACCCUGGGACCUUACCCCCAUGGCUGACAUGAAGAUGGCUGCCCCGCUACAGGGAAGCUUCCCCAAGAGCUUUGACUGGAGAGACCAUGGAGCUGUCACGCCUGUCAAAAACCAGGGAGCUUGUGGCUCUUGCUGGGCAUUCUCUGUGACUGGCAAUGUGGAAGGGAUGUGGCACAAUAAGAAAGGGAAUCUGAUUUCUUUGUCUGAACAAGAGCUCGUGGACUGUGACAAAGUGGACCAAGGAUGUGAGGGGGGACUGCCAGCUAAUGCCUACAAGCAGAUAAUCAAGUUGGGUGGUCUGGAGACUGAGACUAAGUAUAAGUACACUGGCCAUGAUGGCUCCUGCCAUUUCUCCAAAUCCCUAGCCAAGGUUUACAUCAACAGCUCUAUAGCCAUCUCCAGUGAUGAGAAUCAGAUGGCAGCCUGGUUGUCUCAGAAUGGACCGAUAUCUAUUGGCAUCAAUGCCUUUGCCAUGCAGUUUUACAUGGGAGGAAUAUCUCAUCCGUGGAAGUUCCUGUGUAAUCCCUCUAAACUAGACCAUGGAGUUCUCAUUGUUGGAUAUGGCCAGAAGGGAAAUAAGCCAUAUUGGAUCAUCAAGAACAGCUGGGGACCACACUGGGGAGAAAAGGGUUACUAUUACGUGUACCGUGGGGCUGGAGUGUGUGGUCUGAACACUGCCUGUACUUCAGCUAUUGUGGAUGCCUAAAUGUUCUGUAACGUUCAAGGAGUGUAGGGAGUGCACACAGCUGUCAAACCUGAGCAAGUGUGAUUAGUCACCCUUAGCAGUUAUAUAUUGUAUUUCACCUUUAUAUUUUUAAAGUUUACCAGUGUAUUGUCAACUUUUUUCUUGGUUUGUUUUUCUUUUUUGCAUAGCAGUGUUUUGCCAUUUGUUUUAUGCCUGUGAAAUUUGUGUUGGAAAUUUCACCGUAAUCAGAAAUUUUGAUAGAACUUAAAUUUUUUAUGUAGAUCAGGCCCCAUUCUGUAUUUUGCAACUUCUGUUGAAAUCAGUUCUUUUAUACAUUUUCAAUGAAAUAAUCGUGAAGAUAAUAGAAAACAAGAACGGUUAAGAGCUUGUAAGUUGUACAUAUGAAUUUAUAGGCCUACGUGCCUGUACAUGAACGUUUAUGUAAUAAAUAAAUACGAGUCUGUAUAUACGUGUGUAAUACUACAGUUGAGUCUGUGUUAUGGCUUAUUGUUUUAUUUGAUUUUCUGUGAGAACAUCCAAGCUCAUUAGUGCUCCAUGUGAAUAGUUUGAUCAUAUAUCCUCAUAUGUAAUUCUGAAGUUAAGUCAUAGUCCUGCAAGCAUUUUUAAUUGGUACAUCAAAAAACUGUAAUAAAUGUAAAGGAAGAAAUUGAUUAGGCUACAACAUGUACAUGAACCCAUUAAUCUGUUGUCAUAUUGGUCCUGGUGCUGUAAUUAGUAUGAAAGUAAGUGUGGUUUUUUGUGACGGUAUGUUUUUACAGGAGUAGUUAUUUUGGAAAUACAUGUACACUCUGUAUAUCUGUGGAAUGCUUUCAUUGGAUAAAGUGAUAAAAAGUUUGAUGUUUCUUUUACGCCCUCUCAGCUGAUAAACAUACAUUUGUCAGCCUCGAAAAUUUUACACGUUGUUUCACUGAACUCUAUUAUACAUACUAAUAUAAAGAUAAUAUGUUUUCUAAGUAAGGUUUGGGUUGUAUCUUUUUUGCCUAGUAACUCGACACAUGUAAUUGCUAAGUUUGUUUUAAUAAAAAAAUUUCUGUAUUAA